CCGAUCAUACCCCCAAGCUGCGCUGCUUGCGCGACGUGUUCCAUACAAAACCUGCCGAGAAUCAUCUGCUCUAUCGCGCCCCAGCCUUUGUUUCUGCAUUUCUCGGCUUGCGUUGCUGCACUUGGGGUCAUCUUAGGGUUUCUUAGGGUUAACUCGCCAAGCAUGGAGCUCUGCUGGAACGCGCAGCCACCCGCAACGCCAACCGCAGCGCAGCACCGCAAGCGACCGCGUGCGAGCAAGAUAACAGUCAGCAACGUGCAAGAGCGCUUCUGCUACCUCCAGCGCUAUCAGGUGCUAGUCUGCAGGGAGCACGCUACCGGCAUACAGAACGUCGAUGUGCACCUGCGCGACCAGCACGGCGUGGCGAGCAAGGAGAGGGAAUGCAUCGUAGAGCACUGCCGGCAAUGGCGGAUCGCCGCGCCGCGAGAUGUUGAGCUGCCCGCGCCGCUGGGGCCGCCGAUCGAGCAGCUGGGCGAGCCGUUGGACGUCUAUCGAUGCAGGAUCACCAGCGACUGCGGCUUCUGCACCGCGAACAAGAGCAGGAUGCAGAAGCACUGCAGCAACGCGCACCAGGCGGCUUGGAGCGGCAAAGACGUGUACUUUACUAAUAAUAACCUAGUAUAUCUCAUACACUAAGCCUAGCCAUCCAGCUAUAAGAAGAAAAAGCUAUGGUAAGUAAUAAAGCUAAUAGAGGUACUAGUGGGGUCAGGGCUAGAAGACUGGUAAGGCGACAUUUGAAGAAAGACGCUCCUUAUCGAGCACAGUGACUAACGCGGUAGGAGUAGGAAUUCGCAUGGAGCACAAGGGGGUAAGCAAUCAAUUGCUUCAAGAGUUGCAAUGGGUUCAAGUAGUGCAGGGGAAUUAAGAUAGCCUGCAGAACAGCGAUCUGAGGCUGCAGAGCCGCGAGGAACUUCUGCAUAGAUGUUGAGAACCAAGAGGCUUACGCAAAAAUGCAGUAGGGUUUCUAAGGUUAGUAUUUCGCAGCUAUAAUAGUAUUU